UAUAACUUGUGUGGUGUAUGGUUGUGGAAAUAGUACAAGAAAUGGAAACUUUUCAUGGCACCGCACAUGAAGAAAAAAGCACUACAAGUGUGGUGGGGACUGGUGGUGGUCCAUCCCAAAAUAGAAGAAACGAAUUUCAUGGCAGAUGUCAGAAGUGUGGUCUUUUUGGGCACCACAUAACCGAAUGCAGAGCAAGAAUGAUGUGUCGAUAUUGCAAAAGAAAAGGGCAUGUUAAACAAAUGUGCCCUAUUUUAAGCAGAAAAAUUUUGUCUCAAAAAAGAGUAACAAAUGUUUUCAAAAAUUGCCAAUUUAAAGGCAAAUUAACAUAGUUUAUUGAAAAACAAAGUUAAUUGUGUUAAUUGUAUUAUUAUUAUAUUUGCUUAUU